AUGAGUGCAAAACAAAUCAGCAUUCACAGUGACUCCCAGCUCAUAGUGAAUCAAAUAACAGCAGACUUCGCAGUGAAGGAUGCCUCUACGGCGACGGCUGAGGUGUGUAUCGUACGGUACGAGUACACAUGGAUGUCUCCAAUUUAUGCCUUCCUAAUGAACAGAACCCUACCCACCGAUAAGUCCCAAGCUCGGAAGCUACGGUACCGAUCGGCAAGAUACACAGUCAUCGAAGAUGUUCCGUACAAGCGAGGCUACACCACGCCGUAUCUGAAAUGCCUCACCAAAGAGCAGGGGGACUACGUCCUUCGGGAAGUUCACAGUGGGGUAUGCGGUGACCAUUCAGGGUCCCGGUCACUGGCACACAAAGUCUUCCGGCAGGGGUAUUUCUGGCCGACCUUGCACCAAGAUGCAAACAUCCUAGUCAAGAAGUGCAACAAAUGCCAACGGUUCGGUAGUGUCCCUCACAUCCCUGCCGAGCCUCUCUCACCAAUCGUAAGUCCGUGGCCUUUUGCCUAG